CGCCUUCGCCUCCUACCCCCGGGCGACCGAGCGAGCGAGCGAGCGGGCGCGAGACAGAGAGGAGGGGAGAAAAAUAACUGCGGCUCGAGGCCCCAGAAUAGGAGGACCACUUCCCCCUCCGCCCGGCCUCGCUCCUCCCCACCGCUCGUCCUCGCCCGACCUCCCUCGCCCCGGCGGCGCCGCCGGAGCGCGGCGAUCCCGGCCGCCCUUCUCCGCCGCGCCAGAUCUGGGGGAACCUCCGCACCCCCAUGCCCCUCGGGGCCCGGUCCCAGAUCCGCCUGACCUAGCCAGGAGCGCGCCGCGGCCGCGCCCGGGGGAGCCUGCCGCACCCGUCCCGUCCCGCCCCGCCAUGGACGACGUGUCCAAGUACGCGCACAGCCCGGCGCACCUCGCCGUGGCGCGACGCGACCACGCCGCGCUCAGGAGGCUGGUCGCGGGGCUCCCGCGCCUGCCGCGCGCCGGCGAGGUCACCACCGAGCAGGAGUCCAUCGCGGGGGAGGCCGUCGCCGACGCCGUCUCCGCCGUCAUCGACCGCCGCGACGUGCCGCGGAGGGAGACCCCGCUCCACCUCGCCGUGCGCCUCCGCGACCCCGUCGCCGCGGACAUCCUCAUGUCCGCGGGCGCCGACUGGUCGCUCCAGAACGCCGACGGCUGGUCCGCGCUCCAGGAGGCCGUCUGCACCCGCGAGGAGGCCAUCGCCACCAUCAUCGCGCGCCACUACCAGCCGCUCGCCUGGGCCAAGUGGUGCCGCCGCCUCCCGCGCAUCCUCGCCUCCAUCAGCCGCAUCCGCGACUUCUACAUGGAGAUCUCCUUCCACUUCGAGUCAUCCGUCAUACCAUUCAUCGGCCGCAUCGCCCCGUCAGACACCUACCGCAUUUGGAAGCGUGGGGCCGCGCUGCGGGCUGACAUGACGCUCGCUGGCUUCGACGGCUUCCGCAUUCAGCGCUCAGAUCAGACCUUCCUGUUCCUGGGGGAUGGUGCGAGGCCUGAGGAUGCUGGGGGUAAGGAAUUGCACCCUGGUUCUCUCAUAGUCCUGGCUCACAAGGAUAAGGAGAUUACAGAUGCGUUGGAGGGAGCGGGUGUGCAGCCAACGGAGACCGAGGUGGCACAUGAGGUGGCAUUGAUGUCCAAGACGAAUAUGUACCGUCCUGGAAUCGACGUGACACAGGCAGAGCUCGUGCCACACUUGAAUUGGCGCCGGCAAGAGAGGACGGAAGCUGUGGGACAAUGGAAAGCCAAGGUGUAUGACAUGUUAAAUGUCCUAGUGACAGUGAAAUCUAGGCGGGUGCCGGGGGCAAUGACGGAUGAGGAGCUGUUUGCGAUGGAUGGGGAGGAGAAGAAUGGUAGGGGCGCAGAGCUUGAUGCUGAGUUAGAUGAAGUGUUGACUGCUGAGGAGAGAAAGCAGCUUGAUUCUGCGCUUAGGAUGGGGAACAACGAAGAGGAAUCUGAGGAGAGGGGCGAGGAAGGUGACAGUGGGGCCGAUCAUAUGGAUGCGAAUGGUGUGGUCAAAGAUAAGAAGGGGUGGUUUGGUUGGGGUGGCAAGAAAGGAUCCAAGAGCGACGACAAGCCAUCCAAGGCGGGGAGUAAGGAUGAAUCGGGUGAUCCAGGGAAGCAAAAGGAGAAGGGCAGCAGGAAGAAGAAGAAUACUGGUCCAUCAGGCGAUUCUCUUAAAACUGAAAGCGAGUACAAGAAGGGAUUAAGACCAGUGUUGUGGUUGACACCAGAUUUCCCUUUGAAGACAGAUGAACUGAUCCCUCUGCUCGAUGUCCUAGCAAAUAAAGUGAAGGCUGUCAGGAGGCUUAGGGAACUCCUGACAACCAAGCUUCCUACCGGCACAUUUCCAGUCAAGAUUGCUAUCCCUAUUGUUCCAACGAUACGCGUCAUUGUGACGUUCACGAAGUUUGAAGAAUUACAGCCUCUAGAUGAGUUUGCCACACCACCUUCAAGUCCGACGCAGUUCCAGGAUGCGAAGGCCAAAGAAUCAGAAGGAUCAGGCUCAUGGUAUUCGUGGGUAAGGGGUGGCCGAGGUACGCAGUCCGGUGACAGCGGUGAUAGCAGAAACUGGAAAGACGAGGUUGAUCCAUUCCACAUACCUUCUGACUACACCUGGGUUGAUACCACUGAGAAGAAGCGGAGGAUGAAGGCAAAGAAAGCCAAGAGCAGGCGGGGAACAGCCCGAAAACAAUCAUCGAAAAACACUUCAGAAGGAGGAGGCCACCGCCCCAUGAUGGAUGGCUUCGAGGAGUAAAGCACGUUUUCACCAGCAUAGUAAGUUGUCUUUGCAUUCUUAAGAUGUUAGUUGAUGGCAGCUGCACGCCCGAGGCAGAUUGUUGCUGUGCCUGGAGGCGUGGCAAUGGGAUUGGAGUCGAAUCUCCUUGAGAAGGUACAGGAUGGCUUAUACCCCGCUAAUCUGUAAUUCAGUCAGUGCUAUUUUUGUCCCCCUCCGUUUUUCAUCUUGCUGGAUGUAUGUUUGAUGAUAUGGCCCUGUUGUUGUUGAAAAAUGUGUUUGAGGGGGACUGUAGCGUUCCCCUCCCCCCUGUUGUAUGGAAGAUUACAAAUAUGCAGCGAUUUUCUCGCAAAGAGGAAGCUCAAUGCACAUGCUUGUUUGUUCCGCC